UAAAGCAAAGCGAGUCGGUCAUUGUAUUAUAAUUCCAUCUGUAGCUCAUUCCACCUGUUUACUGAAUAGGAUAGCGACGAAUUAAGAAAAAUGAUGCGGUUACAGAAGUCUCUCUCGAUGGUAUCCAUUUUGUGUUUGCUACUGCUGUCCACUUGCUUGGUUUCUGAAGCCACCUUUCACAAACUGAUGAUGAUGAUGAUGCAGCAUCCUAAAAACACCUGUCCGUCCAACUGCUGUCAGAUGGUUAAGUGUCCCAAGCCAAAAUGCCACCCCCAUCAAGUAAUGAAACCUAACGCCGGCUGGUGCGGAUGUUGUCCCAAGUGCAUGACUCAACUUAAAAUGGGUCACCCAUGCAAACCGAAGCCGAAGCAUCCUUGCCCUAUGAUGCCCACUUCUGAAUGCGGCCAUGGACUUAAAUGCAAACAUGGAAAGUGCUGUAAAUGAAGAUUCUUCUGAAAAAUGGAAAUGUGCUGUUCGGGAAGGGCUUAGACAUCUGGAAAGUACAAUAUACUGCCUCGUACUAGAACUGUUGCUUAUUGUCACGGCAAUUCUUAAUUUCUCUGCGUCGGCAUUUUAAACAUGUCUUUACUACAAAGAAAACUCCAAC